CGCUCUGCUAUUUUCGUUAUUUACCGCCAGACACUCAGCACAAACGGUCGCAGUAACGGAACUGCAGAGAAAAAGCGAGAGAGCGUUAAAUUGAGAGAAAAUAAAAAAGAAAUUAAAGGAAUCCAGAGAGAAAAAGCGCGCGCGUCAUUUCCAAACAGAAAACGUGCUAUUAAAAUUCGAACACAAAAUUAUAUAAAAAAUAUAUAAACACAGACUAAAAAAUCUUUCAAAAUGACUAGUUCAGAUAAAAAUGAUUUGAAUAUAACCGUCGAUGUGGUAAUACCCACAAUAAUUGUGGCCGUAUUGCUGGUGGUCAAUGGCUUUAUCUUUGCCUAUAUAAUGCGUAGGAGGCGUCAAUACAAUAACUUGCCACUAACCGAAGGACCCACAACAUCGACAGGAGUUGGAUUUGCUGCACCCACUGAUACGCCGGAUGAUCGAUGUGAAAUUGAAAUGGAGCGUCUGUAGUUUCUACUAAAGGAAACGAGAAACUUUUUUGCCUUAA